GUAUCUGUCAGUAUAAAAAUAAGAAGCCGACAAGAUUAAUUGUCAGAGAUGAAGCAGGUGUAAUGAGAAAUGCAGUGCAGUGUAUCUUCAGUGUGGGAGAUUGUUUGGCUGACAAAGCUUUGCCACUCCUCCCAUGACUCAUGAGAAUGAAAGGAAUCAGGUAACAACCUUGUUGUUAUUACAUGUCACUGAGAGGAGACACACAGAGGGAAAGACAACAGCCUCUGCUUUCAGACCAAAUCACAACUUCUUCACUUCUGAAGAGGGACAGCUACACUAUAGCAGGAAUACUGGGAAUACAGCUACUGGUAAAUAUACUGUGUUUGAUGCUGAUGUUACACAAGAAAUAAGAGCUUUAGGAGUAAGGCCACCAAAAGUGAAACUAACACCUCCGAGUUGCGACGCAGCAAUUACAUGGCUUCCAAACUAGAGAGGGAUCUCUCCUGUCCUGUCUGCCAGGACAUUUUAAAAGUUCCAGUCCUGCUGUCAUGUAACCACAGCUUCUGUAAAGACUGUCUGCAGAAUGUCUGGGCAGACAGACAAAAUCUUGAGUGUCCACUCUGUAAGAGGAGAUCCUCAAAGGAAUGUCCUAGUCCUAACCUUGCACUGAAGAAGCAGUGUGAGGCCUUCCUACGAGUGAGAGGUUCAGACUCUGCUGCAGCAGAGUCCAGGCCGCUCUGCAGUCUGCACUCUGAGACACUUGACUUCCUCUGUCUGGACGACCAGCAGCUGGUGUGCAGCAUCUGCUGCAGAGACUCUGAAACACAUGGUGACCACAGGUUCAAACCUGUCGAUGAGGCUGUGGGGGAACACAAGAAAAAACUUCAGGAUUACUUAAAGCCCCUUCAAAAGAAACUGAGAGUCAUUCGUGAAAUUAAAGGUAACUGUGACCAAACAGCAGAGCACAUUAAAGUCCAAGCAGAAUACACAGAGAAAGAGAUCAGGGAGGAGUUCAAGAGGCUUCACCAGUUUCUAGAUGAGGAGGAGGAGGCCAGAUUGGCUGCACUGAGGGAGGAGGAGGAGCAGAAGAGUGAGCUGAUGAAAGAGAAGAUUAGGGCUCUUAGCACUGAGAUGACAGCUCUUUCAGAAACAAUCGGAGCAACAGAGAGACAGCUGAGAGUUAAAGACGCCUCAUUCCUGCAGAACUACAAGGCCGUGGUGGAAAGAGUCCAGCAGCAGCCUCUGCCUGAUGAUCCAGAGCUGGUCUCAGGAGCCCUGAUAGAUGUAGCCAGACACCUGGGCAACCUGAGGUUCAAUGUCUGGGACAAAAUGAAGGAGAUGGUCUCCUACAGUCCUGUGAUUCUGGACCCAAAUACCGCCCAUCCAAACCUCAUCCUGUCUGAAGAUCUGACCGUUGUGACAAAAGGGCAGGCAAAGCAGGAGGUUCCUGACAACCCAGAGAGGAUCAACCACUUCUUCUCUGUGGUUGGCUCUGAGGGCUUUAACUCGGGGUCUCACAGCUGGGAUGUUGAGGUCAGAAACAACACAGCCUUUGUAGUGGGCAUGUUAGAGGGGUCCCUCCAGAGGAAAGGAGUCAUAUGGUUUGGACUGUGGAGGCUGAUGUUCUGCAAUGGUGAAUACAAAUGUCUCUCACCGUCAGACACAGGAACUGAUGUGACAGUGAUGAGGAACCCCAAGAGGAUCAGAGUGCACCUGGACUGGGACAGAGGACAGCUGUCGUUUUCUGACGCUGACACCAACGCACACAUACACAGCUACACACACACCUUCACCGACAGGCUGUUUCCUUACAUCAGCACCUGGAGUGAGGUCCCCAUAAAGAUUAGAUCAAUGAAGGUGUCUGUGGCAGUGGAGCAACACAGAGACGCUGCUACUGCUGAGAUCAAGUGUUCAACUCAUAUUUUCUCAUGAAUUUAACAUAAAUAUUAUUUUAUCAAUUGCUGAUUAUUUCAACUGUUAUAUAAUGUUAGCAGGCAUCCCAGCAUCCACUGUUUUAGAGAGACCACAUUGUUCUAUGGUUUUGAAGAAAACACAUGAUGGAAACAUGCUGUAGUCUUUAUCAUGCUGAGCUAAAUCCUAGUGUUUUGUUUAAAAAAAAAUAUAUCAAAAAUGAAGCAUAACAAGGGCUAGAAUCAAAUUCAGUGUUUACUCUCAAUGCACCAAGGGAACCAGCUUACAGUGUGGUUACAGUGUGCUGCAGUGGAUGACCACAGUGCAUGUAUUAGAAUUAGAUGCUGUAACUGCAUAAAGUGCUCUCCUUCUGUGUAUCAAUCUACAGUAAAACUGGUUGAGUGUUAGUAUAUCUGUAAGCUUUACAUCAUUGCCAUUGUUAUACAGUUAAAUAAUAUACAUAUAUAUAUAUAUAGAAUGAAGGGGAAUAAUAAUAUCAUUAUAAAAUGUAUAACAUUAUAAAAUAAGGUAUGGAAUGUGUGGUUACUUUAUUUUAACUAUGAAGUGGGUGUAGAAACCUGAAGUAAGCUUUGCAUUUUAUGAACUACUGUGAUUAUUUUCAACUACUUGUGAAACCUGUGUAUUUAAAAUCGAUUUACAAUUGAUUUUGAUGAAGCAACCCUUUGAAGCAGAGGUUGGCUUCACUGUGACGUCUUUCAAUGUGCAGUGCAUGGCCUUUGUUUGGCCUUUGUAUACACUACAGGUCAGGUUUAUUAAAUGUUAUGUUUUAUAAUGUUCCAGUUACUAGUUAUUGCUAUGGGAGUCUGAUAUAAACCUUAUGUAAAUGAUAUGAGAUUUACUGUACUUGUUCAUGUUGCUGCUGUUGAUGGGCGGGACUACAUCUGUUUCAAUAUUAAAACUUGGAUAUGU